UCCAGUUAAUCUACGUACGGCUUAAGCAAGGAUUUUUUUCUUUAUUUUUGGGGAGACAUAAAAGGGUGUGUAAAAUAUAAAAUUAUGAAAGUUUGUAAUGAUAUAUUUUUUAGGUAUAAUGAUGUGAGAUAUUAUACUUGAAAUAAAACGAAGUUCACUGAAUUCCAUUCCAAUUUCCAAAGGGCCAGUCAAAGACUUGAUAUUUUGGAAGGAAGGUUUCCAACGAAGCGAGUCGUCGUCCAUGCCCCGUAUAGUUUAAUCUGUGACUGUGUGAUGAACCAACUGAAGCAAAUCCAUGCUUAUACGCUUAGAAACGGCAUAGACCACGGUCCGACCCUCAUUCUGAAGCUCCUUCAAAUCCCAAACAUCCCAUAUGCCCAUACCCUUUUCAACCUUCUUCCCAAACCCACUGUCUUCCUCUACAACAAGCUCAUUCAAGCCUACUCUUCUCAUGCCCAACACCAUCAAUGCUUGUCCCUCUACAAGCAAAUGUGCUUCCAUGGCUUCAGCCCCAAUCGACACUCUUUCACUUUCUUGUUCUGCGCUUGCGCCGCCCUUUCCUCCCUUCGUCUCGGCCAAGCCAUCCACUCCCAUUUCGUCAAGUCGGGCUUUGAGUGGGACGUGUUUGCUCUGACUUCUUUGGUGGACAUGUAUUGUAAACUGGGCCUGUUGGGAUUUGCACGCCAACAGUUUGAUGGAAUGAGAGUGAGAGACAUACCCACUUGGAAUUCGAUGAUUUCUGGCUAUGCCAAAUCUGGGGAUUUGGAGGGAGCGUUAGAAUUGUUUGGAUUGAUGCCUUGUAGGAAUGUCGUUUCAUGGACGACGAUGAUAUCCGGGUACUCACAGAAUGGACAAUACUCCAAAGCCUUAGCCAUGUUUUUGCAGAUGGAGAAGGAGGCGCGUGUGAGGCCGAAUGAAGUCACUAUUUCUAGUGUUCUUCCAGCUUGUGCCAAUCUUGGAGCAUUGGCGGUUGGGGAGAGAAUCGAAGAAUACGCAAGAAAAAAUGGCUUCUUUAAGAAUUUGUAUGUGAACAACGCUAUAUUGGAAAUGUAUGCGAGAUGCGGUAAAAUUGAUUUAGCUUGGCAGGUGUUUCAUGAAAUUAGUAGACAGCGAAACUUGUGCUCUUGGAAUACAAUGAUCAAUGGUUUGGCUGUUCAUGGCAGAUACAAUGAGGCUUUUGAUCUCUAUGGUGAAAUGCUGAGAGUAGGAAUUGCACCUGAUGAUGUCACAUUCGUCGGACUUAUCUUAGCAUGUACUCAUGGAGGCAUGGUUGUCAAAGGCAGACAACUCUUAAAAUCGAUGGAAAAAGAGUUUGGUAUUGCUCCUAAGUUAGAACACUAUGGGUGCAUGGUUGAUCUCUUAGGACGUGCAGGAGAACUGCAGGAGGCUUAUGAUCUGAUAAAAGGCUUGCCAAUGGAACCAGACUCCGUUAUAUGGGGUGCUCUUCUGGGGGCUUGCGGUUUCCAUUGUAACGUUGAAUUGGCUGAAAAAGCUGCUGAGCCGCUCUUCAAGCUUGAGCCAUGGAAUCCAGCAAACUAUGUCAUCCUUUCCAACAUAUAUGCAUCAGCAGGACAUUGGGACGGAGUUUCAAGGCUAAGGAAGGUGAUGAAGGGUGGUAAAAUUAUAAAGGCAGCAGGGUAUAGUUUCAUUGAAGAGGGAGGACAAAUCCAUAAGUUCAUUGUGGAGGAUAAAUCGCAUUCUAGAAGCGGUGAAAUAUAUGCUUUAUUGGAUGGAUUUCACACAAGAAUGAAACUUUAUAGAGACCCAACUUAUUGGGUUACUGAACUUGAAGAAAUGCAUUUUUAGCAAGAGCUAUUAGUUGAGAAACAAGCAACGGCAAUUUUGGCUUUGUUGAUUACUAGGUCUAGGCCUGUCUGGAGUUUACAUUUGUACCGUUGCUGUACCAUUUUGACGAUAAACGGCAAAAACAGACAUGAUGAACCCCCGAGCCUUUUAAGCAGAGGCUUUCAGCCCAUUCUCAAAGAAUCAAUUAGUAUGGUCUCAAUACGAAAUAUGUGCUCCAAAUCAAGCUCUAGUCUUGGUCGGUGCUGUCUGUAACCAUUACAUGGGAAAAGCCAUACUGAAUAGUGCCGUUCAAUAUCGGAAUUUUUAUUUUUUAUUUUUUUGAAAUUAUCAUCCUUGUAAAUUCAUAACGUUCGUUUGUUAAGAACGUUCAAAUGUAAGACACUGUUUGAUAUGCUGUAUACCAUUAAUUUAAUAUACUGUAUACGAUUGAUUUAAUUUCUUAGACUAACUUUUUGAUGGA